UGGGGUUGGGUUGAUAUGAGCUGAAAUUUUUAUGAGUCAAAUUGACUCCACACGUGCAAUUCAAAACCUGUGAAACCGCCUGUCAAACACAUCCACAAGCAACGGCAAUGCGCACUUUCGAAGAUAUUCCCAAUGAAAUUAUCAUGCACAUUGCUCGGGAUGUGUCAUCCUCCUCUGAGCUCAUCUCUCUCACACUCACAUCCCGUCGUUUACGUGGCAUUGCCGAAACUCAGCUAUAUCGGUCCGUGUCUCUCGAGGACGGUGGCCACGAGACAGAAGACGAACGCCAACUUCGAGGAUUCGUACAUACGCUUAUUUCGCGGCCUGAACUACGACCACUCACCCGGCAUCUUGCCAUUUCAUGGUAUGGCCUUUAUGAUGAAGAGGAAACAAAGCCAGAAAUGCCAUACGUUGCAGACGAAAGCAAACUGAGUACUCUCCAAACUUUAGCGCGCGAAAAGGGAAUGUCAGCUCGUGCUGUUUCCGACCUCAAGAAGGGUUGGUGUCGACCUUACUUUUCAUUGUUGAUGCAUAUCCUGCCGUCGUUGGAAAGUCUAGUGAUACGGGAAAUGAAUUCUGAUGCAGUGAUAACCACAAAGUGGGCCUGGGGUCCCGGUGAAUAUCAUGGGCCCCUCCCCGUAGCCUUCCAGUCUUUGAGGAGUUUCGAGCUGAACUUCCACAUGGACGAGGAUGGUCUGCGCGCUGCGGAUGUCGUCCCCUUUAUGUCCCUUCCCGCUCUCAACUCAUUCCGAGUGAGCCAAUUUGCAGGAUGGGGUACGGUUCGUUGGCACAAGGCGGAAUCCAGCAAUGAUGCAGAAUCCAACAAUGAUGCAGAAUCCAACAAUGCAGAAUUCAGCAAUGAUGCAGAAUUCAGCGACGAUGACGGUCCGGCACCUCGAAUUUUUCAAAGCAUGCGCUUCACCAACCGAUCGUCAAAACUCAAGAAGCUUGAUUUCAACUUGAGCGUUGUUGCCCCAGAGCUAUUGGAUGGCAUUUUGCAAAUCCCUGAAGCGUUGGAUAUACUGAUUUAUGAUAAUGGCGGUGAUGCUGUCUUAUAUCAUGAGAUCGAUCCUCCUGCUUUCUGCAGGGCUCUCCGACACCAAAUCCGGAGUCUGACCACUCUCCGCAUUACGGUUUCAGGCUAUUUGGCGGAUAUCGAUGAAAGUCUUGAACCCAUGGGUACCCUCAGUGAUUUCAUUUCGCUAAAGAAGCUCUCUGUCCCAUGCUUGUACCUAUUCGGGCAUCCGUGUGUCGUUGACGAUGGGCCGCAAGAGAGCCGCAAAUUCUUUGAUUUGCUCCCACCGAAUCUCUCCAGUGUGACUAUCGGCACGGAAGACUGGGACGUGGAAAAGUUUAUUGAUGCUGUUGGCGGGGGAGAAGAUGAGGGAUGGAGGAGUUUACUAAGUCAACGCCUACCGCACUUGGAAGAAUUCAUCGUUACUUCGGAGGAGCCCAAUAAUGCUGCAGCGACACUGGAGGUGAUGGGAAUAAACUUUAAGCUCCUCACGUACUAGCGCACCCAUCACAAGUACAUAGUCCAGGCAGUUAUGACAGUUAGAUCCAUCGGACACCUGGGACAAUCAUUUCUACAUCUUGGAUUAUCAUUUCGACAAUUUUCGACGUUCAGUCACUUAGCUUGAUUACAGUAGUAACUAGCUCGUUCAUGCCAUCCAUGGGGCUUCUUUUGGGCUGGCGGCGGGUAGUAUGGCAUACGAUUGGCAAUAGUACACAUGCUCACACAUAGCAGGACUCGGUGGUACCAGGUCCUACUCUUGAUAGUAGCUUUAAUGAUGGCG